GUUUUGAUUCCCACCAUGGCUAUCACACAGUUUCGGUUAUUUAAAGUUUGCACCUGCCUUGCAACAGUAUUCUCAUUCCUAAAGAGGUUAAUAUGCAGAUCUGGCAGAGGACGGAAAUUAAGUGGAGACCAAAUAACUCUGCCAACUACAGUUGAUUAUUCAUCAGUUCCUAAACAGACCGAUGUUGAAGAGUGGACUUCCUGGGAUGAAGAUGCCCCCACAAGUGUAAAGAUUGAAGGAGGCAAUGGGAAUGUAGCAACACAACAGAAUGCUUUGGAACAACUGGAACCUGACUAUUUUAAGGACAUGACACCAACUAUAAGGAAAACUCAGAAAAUCAUUAUUAAGAAGAGGGAACCGUUAAAUUUUGGCAUCCCAGAUGGUAGCACAGGUUUCUCUAGUAGAUUAGCAGCUACACAGGAUAUGCCUUUUAUUCAUCAAUCUCCUGAAUUAGGUGACUUAGAUACCUGGCAGGAAAAUACCAACGCAUGGGAAGAAGAAGAAGAUGCGGCCUGGCAAGCAGAAGAAGUUCUGAGGCAGCAGAAGAUAGCAGACAGAGAAAAGAGAGCAGCAGAACAACAAAGGAAGAAAAUGGAGAAGGAGGCACAGCGGCUAAUGAAAAAGGAACAGAACAAAAUUGGUGUGAAGCUUUCAUAACGGAUGUCCUUCACAUGUCAUAGUGCCAGUAGGAGAGAUAUGAGCUCCACAAUUCAAGCAACAUUUAUAUGGAUUAAGACUAUUUUCAGAAUACAAACAUAUUGCUUGAUUUUAAUGUAUUCAUCAGACCAUCUGGGGGACCAGGAUUCUCUCAAAGUACCUUGAGCUCUUGUGAAUGAGACUCAAAAAAACAAAGACCUAUGAGGCAAUAUUUUUUUCAACAUGCUCCAAGUGUACGACAAUUGUUUGCUGUAGAGAAAUUAUUACAAAUGGAAUAUACCAGUACCUCUUCUAGCUAGUGUUUCUAGCUAAAUAAAUGGGUGUAAAUAAUUUUAUGGUGGGAAAGAACUCUGCUCUCUAUAAUGCUUUCCUUCAUUGUGCAUAAUGAUAAAAUAAAUAAUUUUAAAUAUUC